CUCCUCGCUCCGCGCUCCCCUCCCGCUGCCGGGAUCGCUCCCCGCUCCGCGCUCCCCUCCCGCGGCCGGGAUCGCUCCCCGCUCCCCGCUCCCCUCCCGCGGCCGGGAUCGCUCCCCGCUCUCCGCUCCGCCGCGCCGGGAGGAGGCGGACGGGAAGGAGGUCGCGCCCAGGCCACUGCUCUGCUGCUAAGCGGCUCCGGGGGUCCAGCCCUGUCAGCCGGACAGCGGGAGGCUCUGCUUCUCCGCGCCUGGUCCGAAGGAGAUUCCCCUCUCUACAAAGCCUGCAAGUCAAAUACCUUGGCACGGCUCUUUUAUUUUUGCUAUUCCAAGACAAAUCUGCUUCCAGCAGUGACGAAUCUGGAUGAAAUUAGUGUCAAUUCCAGAGGAGCGCCGAGAUGGUAGCGCUAAUACUGAGGGGAUGAAUUAGAAUUAAAGGAGUUUGUUUUGAAGGGUCAAGAGGCUCCUUGUUUGCUCCCCGCAGAAGGCACAGCACAGACACAAACCCCCAAAAACCCAAUAAAUAUGCCCCUUGCCUCAGUCCCGUUAAGCCGUCUUGUGAAACCGGUUUCAAAUAUGAAAAAACAAGGACCAGAUAAACGCGUGGCGUUUUAGUCCUAUCAAAAAUACAUCCAUCAGGCUAAAGAGGCAGGAACUUUAUACAAAACAUCUCAGCUGCCAAUCUCAAGGUACUGACAUCGCUCAGCACCAUCAUUUUUUUAAAAACGACCCGCAUAGGAAGAAUGACAUCGCAAAAAAACUAUCACCUUAGAUAUGCUGGUUAUCUCUCACUGGCCGGUCCCCCUCAGCCCCCGUCCCCAGCUCCGCUCCUGCCCACCCAGGUCUCUGGGGGCUGCCUCUUCCCCAGGGACCGGCGCCGGGAAGGGUUUUGGCCAUACCUGGCAGCCCGCAGGUCGGACGGAGGCAGGGCGGCCGCAGCCCCGGGGCUCAGGCUCCCGGCUCCCGGCUCCGCGCCGCUCGUCCGCCGCCCAGCGCCCGCGGCUACUGAGGACGGGGCGGGGGGAGCGGCCAGGUCUUCCCAGGCGGGGGAGGGGAUGGAAAAAGGAAAAAAAAAAAAAAAAAAAGGGAAAAAAAAAAAGAAAAAGAAGGCGAGAGGGAGGAAGCCAAGGGGGAGGGCCGAGGGGAGCGGAGGCAGAUCCUGGUGUCUCUUCGGAUGGGAAGGGAAGAGAGGAAGGGGCUCUGCCUGCGGAGCAGGGAGGCACAUCGCCCCGGCGGCGGCUUCCUCUGGGCGCCGGGCGCGGGGCCGGGGUGCCCCGCACGGGGAUGGGGCGGGAGAGGCGGCCGGGCCGGGUGGCGAGGCGGGGACGAGCGGGGAGGUGGCGGCGCCCCGUCCCAAGGGAAGGGCAGCGCGGCUCGCACCGUGCGCUCCGCUCCACCUGCGCGGGCGGCGGGACCGGGCGGCGGCAGCGGGGAGGGAAAGCCGCUGCCCUGCCCCGCCGGAGCGCUCCCGGGGAGGGCGAGGAGCGGGCAAUGGCGUUCCCACGGACCGUGGCCUGCCCGCUCCUCUCUGCCCUCGCCCCUGUCUCCCAGCCCCGCUCCUCCGGAGCGCCUUGUUCCUCAGGGACCCUCCCUGCCCCCCUCCUCUGGACCAUUCCCGCUCCUCUGGGCCUCAGAGGCCAGGUGAGAAGCACCUUCCUCCUCUCCUCGUCACUCUUUGUUCCUCUUUGCCUUCCUCCUUUCCGUCUGUGUUGCUGUGGUCUCUCCUCGCCAGGCAGAAAGCUUUGUGUGGAGGUCUCUCCUCCUUGGAUCACCCCCUGACACUACAGCAGGGCCCUCCCCAAAGCUUUCCACUGCCACACAAACGCACAAGGUGAAACGUACCCUCACUAAGCAGUUCUGCUAGUGCUUAAUCCAAACCCUUCCAUUGAGUUCAUCUGCUGAAAACUCAUUUCAUGCUAAAUGAAGGCCCAUUGAUUUGCCAAAACCAGCAGGAAAUUUGUGGCAUUGCUGGAGAUCAGAGUGAGAUCUCCAGAGUCCUGCUUCAUUGUUUUAAUCAUAAGCAUAUCCUUCCCUUAAAAGCCUUGACUUCAAAAACUUAGUGGACCAAAUUUAUAAAGAGAUUGGAGAUUAGGCUUUGCCCAGCAAACUGCAGCCUGCAGUUUCAUUUUGAAGACUGAGGCUUAUUUCUUCAAAAUGUAGAUUUCAUUUGCAAUUCUGGGUUUGUUGUUGUUUGUGUGCACAACUUAAAAACAAAGAAAAAUAACAAUAAUAUAAUAAUAAUUAAUGUGCCAGAGAAAAUGACCUGAAGAAUUACCAACGCAAUUAGCAAGGCAAGACAGAAAUGUAGGCAAAGUAGUUAAGUUUUUCAAAUGAUAUAUUGAACAUGAGAGCUUCCACACUGGGUGAAACCAAGGGCUUUGCUAGACCAAUAUCAGGUUGCAUUACUGAAGGCAGUAGUUCCCUCCAGCACUUUCACUGCCACCAAUAUUUCAGACUCAGAGACUUUAUGAGGCAGGUGCAGUUUCUAUGAUCUAGUAACCUUCACUGGAUUUGUCUGUCGGGUUCUUGCUCAUCUUCCCUUUAACCUAUAUGGAUUUGUAGUAUCUACAGCCUGGUCUGGUAAAAAAUUCUUCAGGUCAAACAUAUCUUUGUGUGAAAUCUUGCCUCUUUUAGUGUCUUUUCAACCUGGCUACUGCUAUCUUCAUUUGAUGUUCACUAGUUCUCUAUCAUAUACUCUGUAACUCCUCUCCUACCCUGAAGAAUUCUAUUUAAGUUAUCUGUGCUUUACAUCAAAAACUUUCCUGUUUUCCAUCCUAUUGCUGAAGUUCAGGGACCAGAGAAGCAUCUGAAGGAAGAUGCAGCUAAACACUUCUUGGCCGUGGCAAGGAGCAACAGCUUACUCACAUUGGGCAGCUGUGUUGAGCUACAGCUGCAGCUAGGGACGUUCAAACUGGUAACGGGGAAAAAUUUCUUCACCAAAAGGAACAUGCAACACUGGAACAAAUUACCCAGACAGGUUGUGGAAUCACCAUCCUUGGUGGUUUCCAACACUCAGAUAAACAAAGCUACAGCUG